CUCCGAAAGACCCGACAGUUUGUAAUUGGAUGUAACGGUACGGUGACAUUAAAGGGAGAAGCUCCCCUACCGGGGUUAUCCUCCUCCAUUGAAAUGAUGUCAGUAACUGCCGUUGCACUCCUCAUUCGUCCAAAGAUCAACUGAAGAUCCCUUGGGACCUCGUAUUCACAUUUAUAUAAGUCCUUCACCACCACCUACCUUUCCCACUGCAAUCCAAUCCAAUCCAACCCAAACAACAAACAUCAAUCAAAAUGCAGUUCAAGACUCUCUUCGCCGCCUCUCUCCUCGGCCUCGCUGCCGCCGCCCCUGCAGAGGAGUGCACCAAGACCGGUCCCGCCAAGUCCGGCAACUCUCCCGCCCCCAAGACCUUCGGCCUCGUCGCUCUGCGAUCCGCCAGCCCCAUCCACUUCACGCACUUCAGCGCCUCGGAGAACGGCUUCCUGCUCGGUCUUCCCAAGGAUAAGCAGAAUGCCACCUGCACUGGCAAGUCUGAUGGAUCAGCUGUCUUCCGUCUGAGCGAGGGUGAACUGUUCCUCUACAACACUGGAAAGAAGCAGCAGCGCGCUUACACCGAUCGCUCCGGAAUGGGCCAAGGUGUUCUUCAGUAUGCCACCGUCACCAAGAACCCACUUCCCGAGGCGUUCGAGACAAAGGGCUGGAAGAUCGACAAGUCUGGCAACCUUAACUUUAAGGAUGCUAGCGGCUUCACUGCGUGCCCCAACGGCCCUGAUGGCUCUUGGACUGUUUGGGUUGCUACUGGUAACUCCCGCCCUGGAAAUAGCGACAAGGAGUGUCUUGGCUUUAACGCCCGUGUUGCUGAGAUUGAGCACGCUACUAGCUGCUUUUACUCCGAGUACUCCGCUUAAGUCAAGGCUUGGAUGAUUUUUGUAUAUAAUUUUAGAGCGUAUGCCUUUCUUGUAAACUGAGAUUAUGUUUACUACUUACCCUACAUUGGAAAAUCACACAGCGGUACAACAAGAUUCUCAACUCUCUCCUGUAAAAAUUCUUUCUUGGCACGCACUGUUAGUGCGGUGCUAGGAGCGGGAUUUUCUGCAGGCCACGCGACCACACAAAAACUGCGGGGACGCUAUCGGCUCCCUAACAGCAGUUUUCAGAGAAGGAAUUUGGAGAGUUCGCCUUCUCUGACAACACCUUUGUCGGAUCUAAUGGCGGCACCUCAGAACCAGAACGCCUUAGAUAUCGGAGGACGGUGCCCGUGGCAUCGGUAGCGACAUCCUCCCGAUCAACGACGCCGAUUGCGAUGGGUUUUUCCCCUUUGAAGGCAAGCCGCACCGCCGGCCUCUGAUUCCUUCCCAAGGUUUUUCCCUGCCGCCACGACAUACGACUACGAGCUACAACUUGGUUACUGGAGAUUGUGGACUGCGUCAGCAGAUGUAGCGAUGCGUGAGAGAAUUCUGGUCGGUGGAAAAAGUCGACAGUAUGCCCCCGAACCCGCUGACGGGUGACGGGCUCGAGAAAAUACAGCGCCUUUUGUGCCUUGGUAUGCUGGAUGGUGAAGGAAGCGGGGUAUCCUGUACCUAGCUAGCUCAGCACGUCUUUUGCUCCAGUAGGAGAUUUGGCUUCGUUACAGCCACCCAGACGAAAAAUACACAAACAAACAAACAAACAAACAAAAUACAACAAGAUUCUGCCAUGAAUGAUCGCUCAGAUGUCCAAGCCACAACAAUGCUGACAGGAACAAACUGAAACAUGAACGGGGAUGUCUUUGACUGAAAUCGCACUGAAAGUAUCAGCUAAAAUGAACCCUCAAUUACAAAACCUCUACUUAAAGAAUAAUCUGAAUAAAGAUGAUUCCUUUCGUUUGAUUUCUCUUCAACCAGGACCUUCUCGCACGCCGCUUACCCUUUGUCUUCUGAACACCAACCUCAGCGACGCCUAGCCUUAUAAUACCGUUUCCUAUGUUUAGGGUGACACGAAAGACUCUGUUUCAAGCAAUAUAUAAGAUAACAAUAACUCCCAGAU